CGAACAAUUGACUUAUGAAGAGGAACCUGUACAAAUUUUAGCACAAGAGGUCAAACAAUUGAGAAACAAAUCUGUACCCUUAGUCAAAGUGCUAUGGAGGAAUCACUCGACUGAAGAGGCAACAUGGGAAACCGAAGAGUCAAUGAGGAUGCAAUAUCUGAAUCUCUUCAACCAAUGACUCAGCCAUCUCUUUCAUCUCUUCUCUUCGUCUCUUCCAACGCCAAUCUCUGUAUUCUCUCUUUCUAAGCCGCCCCCGUCUUUGCGCCUUCCUUUUCUCUGCUGCCCUUCUCCGUCUUCAAGCCUAGGGUUUAUGCCUUCUUCUUCUUCUCCGCUCAGCUGUAUUCUUCUCGAGUUCGGAGGUCUAAUAUCCGAGAUUCAUAUUUAGGGUUUGCAGAUCUGUUCUCUUAUCCUUAUUUUGCGUAUCUGCUUGCGUCGAGCAUUCAUUCCAGUCGCAGACGUACACGGCUCGAGUCAUGUUCUGGAAGCUCCCACCUCUCUCGGCUCCUUCGACGAUUGAAGCUAUACUUGACAAGGAAAAUUUCUCGUUGGAAGAACUUCUUGAUGAAGAAGAUAUAAUCCAAGAAUGCAAGGCUUUGAAUAGUCGACUCAUUAAUUUUUUAAGGGAGAGAACCCAGGUUGAACAGCUGCUACGAUAUAUUGUUGAGGAAUCUCUUGACCAAGCUGAUAACAAACGGAGUUUCAAGUUUCCAUUCAUUGCAUGUGAGAUAUUCACAUGUGAAAUUGAUGUUAUCCUUAAAACUCUGGUUGAGGAAGAAGAGUUAAUGAAUAUUCUCUUCUCCUUUCUUGAAUCAAGCCGGCAUCACAGUGCCUUGCUUGCUGGAUAUUUUAGCAAGGUUGUAGUUUGUUUAAUGGUGCGGAAGACUAUUCCACUCAUGAACUAUGUAAAGGCCCAUCAUGACGUGUUCGGGCUCAUGGUUGAUUUGAUUGGUAUCACUUCCAUCAUGGAGGUUUUGGUGCGUCUUGUUGGGGCUGAUGAUCAUAACUAUCCCAACUCUACAGAUGUCUCACAAUGGUUGGCUGAUAGCAAUUUGUUAGAAAUGAUUGUGGAUAAACUAAGCCCUUCUUGUCCUCCCGAAGUGCAUGCAAAUGCAGCAGAGACACUCUGCACAAUUACCAGAAAUUCACCAUCUCCUCUUGCUACAAAGCUAUCAAGCCCAAGUUUUGUUGCAAGAGUAUUUGGUCAUGCACUUGAAGAUUCACUUUCAAGAUCCGCCCUUGUCUACUCGCUGUCUGUCUGUAUUUCUUUGUUGGACCCAAAAAGAUCAAUUCCGUCAUCCAUGAUGUAUUCAUUCCGAACCCAGCACAUGUACGAGGCUCCUCUGCAUGUGGAUUCUGACACUAUUGGUGCUAUGCUGCCUAAGCUUGGUGACUUGCUGAUGCUGUUAAAUGUUUCUUCUGAUGAGAAGGUUCUGCCUACAACAUAUGGUGAAUUGAGGCCUCCUCUUGGGAAGCACCGCUUAAAGAUUGUGGAAUUCAUUUCUGUUCUACUGAAAUCUGCCAAUGAAGUAGCACAGAGAGAGUUAAUCAAAUCAGGGACAAUUCAUAGAAUCCUGGAUCUCUUUUUUGAGUACCCAUAUAAUAAUGCUUUGCAUCAUUAUGUUGAGAGUAUAGUCUACACCUGCUUGGAAAGCAAAAAUAGUUUCAUAACUGACCAUCUUUUUCAAGAUUAUAAUUUGGCUGGAAAAAUACUUCAAACAGAUAAACAACCAACCAUAUCCACUGAUGUGAAUCAGGCAACUCUUCCUGCGGCUGGAAAACGAGUACCACGGAUGGGAAACAUUGGACACCUAACGCGAAUCUCUAAUAAACUUGUACAACUGGGAAGCAAUGAUAGUCACAUUCGGGCACAUCUUGAGAAUGUUACUGGCUGGAGUGAAUGGCAAGCUACAGUUUUGCAAGAUCGUAAUAGAACUGAGAAUGUACAUCGAUGGGCAUGUGGCCGUCCUACUGCCUUGCAUGAUCAGACAAGAGACAGUGAUGAGGAAGAUGCUCAUGACAGAGAUUAUGAUGUAUCUGCUUUAGCUAAUAACUUGAGCCAAGCAUUCAGAUACACAAUAUAUGAUAAUGAUAAGGCUGAGGAGGGUCAAGGAGCCCUUGACCGGGAUGAUGAGUACUUUGAUGACGAGUCUGCUGAAGUUGUAAUAUCAUCCCUGAGGUUGGGAGAUGACCAGGGGAGUUUAUUCACGAAUUCAAAUUGGUUUGCUUUCCAAGACGAUAGAAUAGAUGGUGCUACAUCCUCAAUAUCAGAAAUGAUGGAGGAGAUCAACCUGAAAGGAUCACCAAACAGUGGUGGCGGCGGUAACAGUAACAGUGAUGAUGAGGUGGUUGUUGGAACGGAGGAUGAAGAGUUGGUGGCUGACGGCAAGGGUGGUUUAAACCCAAACAUCCUCAACGGAUUUAAUGGGAGAGAUACAGACUUCUUCCGUUUUGAGACAUCAGACGAAGACCUGUUUGGAGAUCGGCCUAUCCCCAAAUGGGUAGCAUGGGGUGAUGCCACAGAUCUACAUGUUGAAAGAUCCAAUCUGAACCCCUUUCUUGACCCACCCAUCUCAUCUAACAAUGAUUCCCCGGUGGAGGCAAGCACGACCUCCCCACCACCACCAGCACUACAACCGUGUGAUGCCGCCUCAACUCCUGACUCCGUGAAAACUCCGUUCACUUCCGAUCCCAGCCAGAAACCAGCCACCGUCCCUUCUUUGUUCGAAGAGGACGUGGAAUUCGUAGGCGUGGAAUUGGAAGGAACCGAAAAGGCAAUGGAACAUGCUCUCAAGGAAGGGAUUGUCGGAGAAGCGGCUCCCUUGAAAAGGAGCAUCGCUGUCGUUUCACCCCAAGAAAAAGACAACUCCGACGAGGGCGGUGGCAGCACUGCUAUAAAAGAAUUUAGCGACGCAAAUUACUGGAGGGUUGAUCACGAGGUUGCAGUGCUAGGUUAUUAUUAUUAUGAUAAUAGUGGUCGUUACUGAUGAUUAAUUUGUUGUCACACUUAUUAGUGCCCCAGGGUUUGUGUACACUAUGGCUAAAAUCUCAGCAGUAUUAUCAGUCCUUUCUGGUAGUCUCUGUUCACCUAUUCUUUGUUCCUCUUUGUCCCCCAUUCAAAUUUCUUGGGUUUUUAUUUAAUGUCGAUGAAGCUUUAAUAUACUAAUUCUGAAGUACAGAGUAUCUGUUUGUGUCUAUUUUAAUCUUCGAAAGCGGUAGUGACUGAAAAAUUGUUUCAAAUAAUGUCUAUUUAGGGAGGAUAUUAUUUUACUUAUGUUAAGGAUCAAUUCAUGGAGUGAUAUCUUUUCAUUUAGGAAGAUGCUUUGUCAAUUAAUUCUUUCCUUUAUU